CAGGUACGCACAAAUCCAAUCCAAUCCUCAUCUCAUCAAUUUCCAAACCCACUGUGCUUCCUUCCUUUCCCCGCCAAACUUUGACCACUUUCUCUUCACUCUCCUUUCAAAUUUGCCUUUUCUUUUCCAACUCUUGAGUGUGGUUAAUCAAAUACGCGUGUAGGAGCAGCACAAUGUGUUGAGUGUGGAGCAAGAACGUUUUUAUUUUAUCAAUGGCAGAAUGUGUGGCUUCUGCAUUCUGUGUUAAACUGGUUACGCAGAGAAGGCCUGUUAGAGAGAGGGGCUUCUCGCGUCAGAUUACAAAUCUCAAGACUUUUCAAAGAAAGUAUUCCAGAAGUGGAUGUAAAUUUGUUCACUUUUCUACAUGGAAGACAUUUGAUCUGAGUGUAUUUGGGACCACACAUUUGAAAUUCACUCCUCGUCUUCAGGAACUUCCAUUAAAGUGCAUUGGUUUAGGGGCUUUGGUUGACUUUAAUGGUGCAAAAGCCUCUGAUUUGGUUCCAGUUGUUGGCCAGAUGCUUUUGAUGGGCAGUAUAUUUCUCACUUAUAUGGCUGGAGUAAUUCCUGUUGAGAAAUCUUAUGCUAGUUAUCAAAAGACUAUUUCUGAUAAAAAUGUGUUUCCUGAAAGCUCAGACAUUUCUGGUAGUUCAGCGAAGCAAAAUUCUGGUUUUGAGUCAAAGUAUGUAUUGAAUGUGGUGAGAGAAAAACUUUUAAAUUCUCUAAAUGCUUUAGCUAACAAGGAUUAUUCUGGAGACAUCAUCGUUCAAUCUGCAAAGAGACCCUUGAGUUUAAGUGCUGUUGCCAGGGGUCCAAAGUUAAGGUUGCUUUGGGCUGCUUUUCAGCAAGUUGAGGAAGAGGUUAAUAGUUUCAGCAUUUCCACAGCUGUUGGUAUGGAUGAUCUGUUUGAAACGUUUUAUGAAAUUAUUCAGAGAUCUUGUCACUCUACCUGUACUGCAUGGCUGGAAAAAGAAUUUUUCCUUCUAAAGGGCAGUGCUGACAAGGAACUUGCUUCUAUGAUACUUGAAAAAGUGAAAGGAGAUAUCACUAUUGUACAGAGCAUUACAAGGUCUGGCAAGAAAGAUCUGUAUGCAGAAUUACUUUCAUAUCUUACUUUUGGUUCUCUCAGGGAGGAUUGCUAUUAUGAUUCGCGUAUAUUUGCUGUGCAUGGGAUUUCCAUUUUAGAAGAUUUAGUGAUUGCUCUAGCAGAUGGGGUUGCAAGCGUAUAUCUGGAGUUUAUUUCAGUUGAUAGUGAUGUGUCAAGUAAAACCAAUAGUUUGGAUAUGUCAUUAUGUGCUUUAUCCACCAGAGAGCUCCAAAAGUUACGUAAUGAGGUGGCUUUGAACCAGUGGUUGUACCACAACAUGGACACAGUUGUGUCAAUGUAUGAGGAUCGCUUUGACCUGUGUAUUCUUGAGAGCCAACCUGUUGAUGUAACAGACAGUAUUCAGACCGAAGAGCAAAAUUGGUGGAAGAGGCUUACCCAGCAAAAUUCAAAAGCAAUGUCACCUGAAUUACAUUGUAUUGACAUUAGCCAUUUCUCAAUGCCUGUAAAGCGGACCAAGGAAUUAAGAGCUGUGACAGGGUGGUACUACAUUGAAAUGCAGUUGGUAAAUUAAGGGUCUAAAUUUGAUGAAGGUAGAAACCAAGAUGAGCAUAGUCUGUCCUUAAGUAGUACAUAUUGACCUCUUUCUUAAUAUUUGAAUAUUUAUAAUUUCUUGAUGUAAGAUAUUAGAGAUGUUAAGUUUGUUUUUUUUUUACUUGAUGUUUGAGUGAUGCAGAUGAAGUUUUCUUUUUGAUUUUACUAGGUUUAAUUUUUGUGCACUGUUAGUGUAAAAAAUUCUAUAUUGUCAACUAAUAAGAAAUCAUAGUAGGUAUGACCUUAAAGAUAAUUAAUAUAAAAAUCAACAAACUUACUAUAUAUGUUAAUUUGUGAUUGAAUGAUAAUAUAAAACUCUUAUUGUCAGCAUAUAGAUUGUCAACAUAUAGAGUAUUUUCUCUUUUACUAUUUCAUUAAUACAUGCAUGUUUUUGUUUUUUUUAAUAUUCUUUUGUGAAUCUUAUGUUAGACAUUUUUUAGUUUUUAUAAUUUUUUUUUUCAAUUUCUCAGGUUUUUCAAUCAUUUUUAACUUUUUUUUUUACAACUUUUAAAAUUUUUAUAUUUUGGCCUGUGGACCAGUCCAUUAAUCCGUGGGCGAAGUUGGUACCGAGCUAGCCAGUAUACAUAUCUUGCUGUUAUAAAUUAAACAAAGCUCUUUUAAUUUGAGCAAUUCGGGGUAUAUUUACUCUUAAGUUUUAGCUGGUUAAGAUCAUGAUACUUUAAAUCAAAUCAAGGUACCCUCUCGCACCCAUGCUCACUAUAGAAUCAAACUCAUUUUCGAGAAAUUUUCAUCCAAUUAAUGUAAUAAUUGCUGUUAAUUUAUGCAUUGCAGGCGAUAUUAUUUCAGCCUCUUUCUUGAGUUGUCUGACAUCACCAUGCCUCUAAUUAGAGCAGUUAUUGAUAAAGUGAGUGAUGCAAUCUCAUUCUUUUUAGUUAGCUUGAUUGGGAGGUCUUUAGGACUCAUUUAUACAGGCAUUAGACAGUCUCUC